UGCAUCAGUUCCUCUCUACUUGUUUUUAUUAGUGAACAUGAAGAUUCUGAUUUGCGCUAUUCUUAUAGCUUCUGUGCUAGCUGAAGAAGCACCAAAGAAAAAGCGAGGACUUCUUCUUGGAGGUGGUGACAGCUUUGGUCAUGGUGGUGGAAGUGGCGGAUAUGGAGGUAUCAGUCUAGGAGGAGGUCAUGGUGGAUUAAGCGACCUUGGAAGUAGUGGAGGCGAUUUUGGAGGACAAGGUGGUUUUGGCGGUGGAAUUGGAGGUGGUAUUGGAGGAGGAAUCGGAGGAGGUGAUGAAGGUCACAUAAGUCACAUAACUUUACACAAAACUAUACCUGUACCAGUACCCCAGCCCUACCCUGUUCCAGUUGAGAGAAAAGUACCUUACCCUGUUAAUGUACCAGUAGCUGUUAAAGUAGAUAAACCUUACACAGUUCAUGUACCUAAGCCAUACCCAGUUCAUAUCGAUAAACCAUACCCCGUCAAGGUUGUUAAGAAUGUACCUGUACCCGUCAAAGUACCCUAUAAAGUACCAGUUCCAGUGAAAUACCCUGUACACAUUCCAAAACCUUACCCAGUACCAGUUCAUAAACCAGUACCAGUUCACGUACCAGAUGUUCAGAUAGUGAAAAAACCCGUUCCAGUUAUUAUUAAUGCUGGUCAUGGUAGUGGAGACUUUGGUGGUAGUGAUGGAGGAUAUGGGGGACUCAGUUCUGGAGGAUUUAGUGGACACGGAGGAUUUAGCUCUGGAGGAUCAAGCGGAUAUGGAGGAUCCAGUUAUGGAAGUCUUGGCGGCCAUGGAGGAUUCAGCUCUCUAGACUUAGGUAGCCAUGGAGGAAUCAGCUCUGGUAGCUUCGGUGGAUAUUCUUCUUCUUCUUAUGGAAGCGGAUAUUACCGAAAAUUUAUAAAAGAUUUUUCAAAAUUAACUAAACCAUUAACUAUUAGACUGAAAAAAGAUGCAAUUAUUAAUGUAAACGAUUCAGAUUACGUCGAAUGCUUUGAAAUGUGUAAAAAUCUGUUGAUGAAUGAACCAAUACUUCAAUAUCCAGAUUUUACAAAACCCUUUAACCUUACCACAGAUGCCAGCAAUUAUGCUUUAGGUGCUGUUUUAAGUCAAGGCAAAAUAGGCUCUGAUUUACCUGUGGCUUACGCCAGCAGAACCCUAAAUGAUUCAGAAUGCAACUAUUCUGUAAUCGAGAAAGAACUUCUUGCCAUAGUUUGGGCAACCAAAUACUUCCGCCCCUAUCUUUUUGGCAGAAAAUUUACAAUAGUUACCGAUCAUAAACCACUCCAGUGGUUAUUCUCACUUAAAGAUCCAAGUUCAAAACUUGUUAGAUGGCGCUUGAAACUUGAGGAAUAUGAUUAUGAUAUUGUAUACAAAAAGGGUGCUUUAAAUACCAAUAGCGAUUGUUUAUCCCGAAUUCAAAUAAAUAUCAAUGAAACUGAAUUACAAGAACCUCAAUACUUCCUCAAAAGCCUUACUUCUGGACUGGCUGAACUACAUAUGGGUCAACGUCUGGAGAAUCAAUGCAUUUUGAGAGCAUUGCAAUUUGCAAUAGAAGCCAUUUUGGGCAAAGAACCUCCACAAUCGUUAACUACUGCACCAAAAAACAGACAGAUAGGAGGGUCUAUUAAAUGUGCACUGAAAUCUCCACAGUUUGAUACCACGGAUUUCCUUUUACGUGUUUCUGUGAAAAGCAAAAACUGCGUUUUAGUCUUCCUGGCGGGUCUUUUGUUGGUAUCCGCUCAUCCUGGAACCGAAUCAAAGGCUGAAGCUAAGGAAGAGAAAGUUUCGUCAGUUGUCAGUAAAAAACAAGAUAAACGUGGUCUUAUCGAUCUCGGUUAUGGAGGACAUUAUGGCGGUGGUCUGGAACUUGGUGGAUAUGGUGGUCUAGAGCUUGGUGGACACGGUGGACUGUAUUCAGGAUAUGGCGACGGAGGUUACGGUGGAAGCUACGGUGGAAGUUACGGAGGAGGUUAUGGAGGAUUCGAUGACGGUCAUAUUAAGAGUGUUACCAUCACCAAAGAAGUUAAAGUACCUGUCCCAGCACCUUAUCCAGUUCAUAUUGAGAAGAAAGUACCUAUACCCGUUCCUUACAAAGUAACUGUACCUGUAGAUCGUCCAUACCCUGUCCAUGUACCAAAACCUUACCCAGUCCCAGUUGAGAAACCAGUACCUUAUCCCGUUGUAAAGAAAGUACCCUACCCCGUGAAAGUACCAGUUAAAGUACCAUACCCAGUUCCUCAUCCAGUACCAGUGCCAAAACCUGUACCAUAUCCAGUUCACAAGCCAGUGCCAUAUCCAGUUAAAGUACCAGUAGUCGUUGAAAAGAAAGUACCAGUUUUAAUCCAUAGCCACGAUUACCACGGAUAUGGAGGUGGUUUUGGAGGUGGAUUUGAUGGUGGUUCGCAUAGUUUUGGAGGUGGACUAGAUUUUUAUGGCCAUCAUUAAUGCAUAAAAAAUGAAAAUGCGACUGUUAAUUCUAUCUCAUUGUUUUUAUUUCUUUGUCAGUAUUUUUGUUGCACAGUUGUUUAUUGCUCAUCUUUAACCUGUAAGAUAUCUUUAU